UCUGGCGGGCGGGGAUUCUAAAAUUUUCCCUCGUAUUUUCAUCAAAGUUCAAACUCAAACAUUUUUAUAUGAAUAUAUAUUAGUAUUCGUUCCGCUCAGUUCCUUUCAUAAUUUCAUUUUAUUUUCAUAGAAGAAGAAAAAUAAAAAGAAGAGAGAAAUGGGAGGAGGGUCAAUGAAAUCGAACCCGACCAAGGCAAGGAAGAGAGUGGAGGCCACUGAGACUGAGGAGAACUCCUUGUCAAUGUCAACAGCACCACCACCUUCUCUCGUUCGCGUCAAGGAUGGCAGUGCCUUUGCCCGAUGCGAUGAGUGCAACAAGGACGUGCCAGUGGCACUCAUCACCAUGCACAGCUGUAGCCUCGAUGCCAAAAUCAAGCUCAAUCUCAAGGCUCAAGUUGUGGAAAGGCCCCCUGAAUUGAAAAAGAAGCCUCCCACUGAGACUGAGAGAAAGAGAUCCACUACCGCCACAUCACAUCCAAAGAUGUCAAAGAGAGCCAAGAAGGACAAAGAUCCAAAUGCACCCAAGCGCCCUCUCACUGCCUUCUUCCUCUUCCUGGAUGAUUUCAGGAAAUCCUACAAGGAAGCUAAUCCUGAUUCCAAAGGUGUUAAGACGGUUACAAGGGAGGGUGGUGAGAAGUGGAAGUCUAUGACUGAUGAGGAGAAGAAGCCCUAUGUGGAUAAAGCUGCUGAGCUUAAACAAGAGUACAAAAGAGCACUGGAGAGUGGCAUUGCAGGAGAUGGCGAUGGUGGAACAGCUGAAGGGGUUUUGGAGAAAGAAGUUUCAGAGAAGGAAGGGAAGGAAGAAAUAUCUGAUGGUGAUGAGGAGUAGUACUAGCGUACUAGUUUUAGUCUAGUUUGACAAACCUUUUCAUAGAAAGUUGUAUGUUCCUCUCUGUUUGGAGGGAAUGAGUCUGAUGCAUGUUUCUAGAUUCUUGUAAAUUCUGAGGCUGGUUGUAUCUGAGCUAUCUACGGCUUUCCUGAAACUAGUUAUAAUAUAUAUCGUUCUUCAUUGAUU